AUGACUCUCAAAGAGAGGUUCCGGCCUGGAAGUCGUGUGAUCCUGCACGGCUUGCGGGCCAACGCUUUGUUCAACAACAGAAGGGGCAAAGUCCUGAAGAAAUUGGAAAGCGCGCAUGGCCUCGCCGCAUACGAAAUCUGCCUGACGGACGGUCAGCUGGUGAAGGCCUUGGAUGCGAAUCUCGACCCGGCCCCCGUCGUUGCCGAGGAGUCUGGGAGUGACGAGAGUGACCAAGCGCAUCCAGAUGCCGAUCGGGCGAAGCUGGAGGAAGAGCUUUUCCACUUGCUGGACCAGUCCGGGGAGGGCAUGCUCAGGUCAGAAGCGCUCCAUCAUCUGGCAGUGGCAUGCGGCUUCCAGCAGGGGCUUGUCAAGUGGGAAGAUGAGUACCAGGCCUUGUGUAAGCUGUGCGGCACCUCGCCCGAUGCUGGCUUCCAGCAGAUGGACUUCGUCAAGCUGCUUUCAAACGAGGCUCUUCCAACAUAUUGUGCAACGGAAGAGCUGGCUCACCUGGUGCCAAACAUCCAACAGCUCAUCAAUGCUCACAAAGAGCAAAAGGAGCAAGCUCCUGGACCAAGAGAAGGACGAAGAUUCAAGGAGCGAAGCGACGCUGUGAAGUUCAUCUUCAAGAGCAUGGAUACGGACUCUGAUGGGUUCUUGAGUGGGUCGGAGAUGUGUCGGUUUGCGGAGCUGUGCGGCUUUGAUGAUGAAUGGCAAGUGGAGUACGAGGUGAUGUGUGAGCACAUGGCGAUCAACAAAGAUCGCGGUGCCGAUUUCGAUGAUUUUUACCGCCUGGUGAGUGAUCGAAAGAGCCACGUGUUCUGCACCCGCGAGGAAUUGCGGAGCAUCGCAAGCCAGAUUCAAGAGCGGCGUGCAUCGAUUUCUGAGAAGCAGGCAGCCAUUCGAAUCCAGGCACUUGCUCGUGGCAAUCUGGUGCGGCACCAGUUGCAGCGGCAAGUGAGCACGGAGCAUGCCAUUCCCGCUGGCCUUAACGGCCGGCUCGGUCGAUCUGCACCCAAGCACGUACCUCAUGCUCAACAGAAACAUCGUGGCAGCGUGGAAGCUCCAGACCCUCCGCCCGCGCCGCCUGAAAGCGAAUCAGAGGACAGCUCGAGCCCUUGA